UUGGGGACCGGGAUGGCUUCCUCACUAACGGAUCACCCCCCUCCGAAAUAUCGCCGAAAGUGGACGCGCCCAGUUGGAAGCAUAUCCUGAAGCCCGAAGGGGAAGCCAUGUCGGAUAAAGAUUCCUUGUCAUUCGGCGGAGUCUUCGCUUCCGUCCAGUCCUGCAGGAGUUUCUCCAAAUUCAAAUCUGCCUCUAAACUUAAGUGUGAAGCUGGAGGAUCCGGAUCAAGCCAAUCUUCUCUUCGUCCCACCUUUGUAGUUCCGAGCUUGCCAGACGUCUAUAGCCCUCCCUCCCUUGGUGAAGACUCGGAAGUCAUGUCUACGGGACUCUUUCCGUGCGCUAGAGAAGAGGGGAGUUCUGUUUCCGCACCCAGUUUUAGGUCCAAUCCAAGGAAGAUGCUACACCUACUUUUGGAGAGAAACUCUUCUUUUACCACCCGUUCAGAUAUCCCCAAAUCUCCGGGAGACAAACUCCUCGACGCGACAAACCUAAGCAUUUUGUCUGGAGGAACCCCAAAACGUUGCCUUGAUCUUUCGAAUCUUAGCAAUGGAGAGAUAUCUGCUUCUCAGCUUACCACUUCUGUUGACUUUGAAACCGGUUCCUUGGAUUCCUCAGGACCUCAGGAUGUACAGUUAAUUGGGAAAAAUGAUCACCAGGACCUUGUGAAAGGCAUCCCAGUACAGCUUCUUUGUAGUACUCCAAAUGCUUUGGACCAUGGCCACAGAAAGAAAGAUGCAAUGCGUAGCAUUUCUGCAAAUAAAGAAAAUAUAAACACCAAUCUAAAGACAUUGGAGUGGGAGCCACCUAGGACCCCGGGGUUCCAAAACGUGCCUGGAGAUCCUCUGGCUUCUCCUCUAUCUGUGCUGGAAGAUGGAAUCCUGGUGGACAAUGAAAUGCGGUAUCUGGAUAGUCCCAUCACUGCAGUUCCAAAACUGAGUAAAAAGCUGAAGCUAGAAGACCAGGAAGGGGUUGCAGGGGACCCAAUGGAGUUUUCCCUGGAAGAGCAAGAGGCCAAGGGCGUAAGACUACAGAAGAUGGCCUCUCUGUGUGACAUUGAUGCCACUCAGAUGGAGGAAGAAGAUUCUGACGAACAGCAUCUGAUUGGUGAUUUCUCCAAGAUGUGUGUGCUGCCAACGGUGUCAGGGAAACACCAAGAUCUGAAGUACAUCACCCCGGACACAGUGGCUGCUUUACUGGCUGGAAACUUCCAGAGUCUGAUUGAGAAGUUUUAUAUCAUCGAUUGCCGCUAUCCAUAUGAGUACCUGGGAGGACACAUCCUGGGAGCCUUAAACCUGCACAGUCAGAAGGACCUGCAUGAGUUCUUUCUGAAGAAGCCUAUUGUCCCUCUGGACAUCCAGAAAAGAAUCAUCAUUGUGUUCCUCUGUGAAUUCUCCUCAGAAAGAGGCCCCCGAAUGUGCCGUUCUCUGAGAGAAAAAGACAGAGCUCUGAACCAGUAUCCAGCAUUGUACUACCCAGAGCUGUAUGUCCUCAAAGGGGGCUACAGAGACUUCUUUCCAGAAUAUAUGGAGCUGUGUGAACCACAGAGCUACUGUCCCAUGCAUCAUCAGGACCACCAGGCUGAGCUGCUAAGAUGGCGAAGUCAGAGCAAAGCCCAGGAAGAGGAUCGGCAGCUUUGGGAGCAGAUUGCCCUCCUGGCGAAGGAUGUGAGCCCACCAUAGUGGGUGUGACAGUGGCAGUGAAGUCACUGGAAGACACUGGAGAGAGACCCUGAACAGAAAGAGUCAUCUAUGUCGCUAACCCCAUGAUUGUUAAAAAGUGUCUGCAAACACUGGGCAGAGGCCAGGCAUGGUGCUAACAAUUUAGUCCCAGCACU